CUCCAUCCCCGGGUCCAAGAUGGCGGCGGCGGCUCCUCCGGCUCCAUCGCCGCCUCCCCCUCCUCCCGCCGGCCCGUGCUGCCCGGGCUCUUGGCCUAACUUCGCCGUCGUUUGCUCUUUCCUCGAACGCUACGGUGCUUUGCUGGAUCUCCCCGAGCUGCCUUUCCCCGAUCUGGAGCGCGUCCUGCAGCCUCCACAGGAGCCUGGAGACCAGGUUCCAAAAGAAUUGGUGGAGCUUCACUUGAAACUGAUGAGAAAGAUUGGGAAGUCUGUCACAGCAGACAGAUGGGAAAAAUAUUUGAUCAAGAUAUGCCAAGAAUUCAACAGCACUUGGGCUUGGGAGAUGGAAAAAAAAGGAUACUUAGAAAUGAGUGUCGAAUGCAAACUGGGGAUUCUGAAGUAUCUCUGUGAAUGUCAAUUUGAUGACAAUCUGAAGUUCAAAAAUAUAAUUAAUGAGGAGGAUGCUGAUGCUAUGCGCCUUCAGCCUAUUGGUCGAGACAAGGAUGGACUGAUGUAUUGGUAUCAGCUGGAUCAAGAGCAUAAUGUCAGGAUGUACAUAGAAGAACAGGAUGACCAGGAUGGAUCCACAUGGAAGUGCAUUGUUAGAAACCGAAAUGAGCUUGCCGAGACCCUUGAGCUCUUGAAAGCACAAAUUGAUCCUGCCCUGCUGAAAAACAACAAUUCUCAGCAGGAGAAUUCAUCACGUGAAAGCCCAAGUAUAGAAGAUGAAGACACCAAAAAGGGUGAAGAAGCAUCUACACAAGAAAACCAAUUAAAAAUCAAAGAAGAAAAAGAUGAGGUGGAGGAACAGUCAAAGGAAUUGGAAAGUCUUCCUCUUCCUGUGGUCAAAGAGGAUGAAAACAUGAUGAAAGUAGAGAAGGCUGAAGAAAAAGAAAUUAUAAAAUUGCCAGUAAUAGUAAAAUUAGAGAAGCCUUCGGAAUACAAUGAAGAGAAACAAGCUGUCAAAGAAGAAAGUGACUCUUUUAAAGAAAACGUCAAGCCUGUUAAAGUAGAGGUGAAGGAAAACAAAAUAGAACCAAAAGACUUAAAAGAAGUAAAAUGUUCUACUGACAAAAUAGCAGUUCAUGAGCCCGAGAGGUUGGAAUUUUGUGUUAAUGUCAAAACUCCGCAGGAAAUUGUGGAGAAAUCUGUAGAAGAAAGUGAGAAACUUAAAAAUGACCAGCAGGCAAAAAUACCUCUUAAAAAGCGAGAGAUCAAGCUGACAGAUGACUAUGACAGUCCUAUUAAGGGGUCCCUGUGUAAAUGUGUGACUCCAACAAAGGAUGUCUUGAAGGAAGAGGGGAAACCAGAAGAGGAAACUUUUAAGAGAGUCCCUACAAUUACUGCUUUAUGCCCUGAUGGGAAAGUGCUGGUAAAUGGAGAGGUUAGCAGUGAAAAAAUAACCCCAAGUGUCAUACAAAAUAAUAGGUCGGAGCACUCUGUCGGUACAAAGGAAGACAGCAGCUCAUUAAAAGAGAAAAAUGGUAAAAGUGGGGAAAAGGUAUCGGACUCCCUAAAUUCUGUUAGUAAAAUUAUAAAAGCAUGUGAGGUUGAGAAAAAUGCAGUAACUGUGGUGAAAGAGCUGGGGGCUGUGGUCUCUGAGGUUUCAAAUCAGAAAGUGCCUUUAAAGGAGGAAUCUAGUCCUGUGGAAAAAGAGAACCUUGACGGUCUGGCUACUGAAAUGGUAGUGGAAGAAUCUUCAAACUCUGAAGACUGUGCCAAAAAACCCGAAGAGAAACUAGCCACGAUAAUCAAAAAGGACAGACUGCCGCCACCCAAAGAAUGUUUAGAGAAGCUGGAGAAGCCUACAAACUCAUCUGCUCCUGCAGAACUGCCCAAGCCUGCACCGUCUGAGGAGGAGACCUUGAAAAGCAGAAGUGAGCCUGAGGAGAAACCUGAUUCUCCCAAAGCUGUUGCGACACCCCCCCCAUCUUCUUCUCCUGUUACUUUAGAGAAGUCUGUUUUGGAAGCAGAAGGCUCUGAUGCUAAACCUGCUCUCCCUGAGGAGAGCCAAGUAGAAGAAAAAUCGAGCCCUGAAAAGCCAGAAGAAGAGCCUGAAGCUGCCAAGCCAGAGCCAGAGGGAUUAGAGGAUGCCCAUGCGUCCAAUCUAGAGAACUCCUCGGAGAGUAAAAAGGAUUCCCCAACACCUAAAAGCAAAUUUAAGUAUAAACUAGUUUCUGAAGAAGAAAGCUGUACAACAGAUAAUAAAGAGAUAACUUCUGAAAGACAGAAAGAAGGGAUUAAAUUAACUAUCAGGAUCUCCAGUAGGAAGAGAAAGGCAGAACCACCACCAGAAGACGUCACUGCUGGCCGCACGUUAAGGAGAUCCCCAAGAAUAUCUAAGCCUACUCCGAAAGUGGUGGAGACUCGGGAUCAGAAAUCUGACAAAAAACGAACUGAAGAGGAAGAGGAGAAACCUGCACAUAAGCAGGAAAAAAAAGAAGACGCAAAAAAACAGGAGAAGGAGUCAAAUUCUAAGGUUAACAAGAGAAGCAAAGUUCGGUGGACGGGUACACGAACACGUGGCAGGUGGAAAUACUCAAGCAAUGAAGAAAGUGAAGACUCAGAGAGUGAAAAAAACUCUUAUGAAGAGGAGGAAGAGGAAGAAGAGGAGGAAGAAGAAGCUGCACCUGCUGACGAUGAUGAACCAUGCAAGAAGUGUGGCCUUCCCAAUCACCCUGAGCUGAUUUUGUUAUGUGACUCCUGUGACAGCGGAUACCAUACAGCUUGCCUUCGCCCUCCUUUGAUGAUAAUCCCUGAUGGAGAAUGGUUCUGCCCACCUUGCCAGCACAAACUACUCUGUGAGAAAUUAGAAGAACAAUUACAAGAUCUGGAUGUCGUCUUAAAAAAGAAGGAGCGUGCAGAACGCAGAAAAGAGCGACUGGUGUAUGUGGGUAUCAGCAUUGAGAACAUCAUUCCACCACAGGAGCCAGAAAUCCCUGAAGGUCAAGAAGAAAAAAAGAAAGAUUCCAAAAAGCACAAAUCAAAGCUGCUUGAAAGGAGGUCUACCAGAACCCGGAAAUGCAUAAGCUACAGGUUUGAUGAAUUUGAUGAGGCAAUUGAUGAGGCAAUUGAAGAUGACAUCAAGGAAGCUGAUGGAGGAGGCAUUGGCAGAGGCAAAGACAUGUCUAAUAUCACAGGACAUCGUGGAAAAGACAUUUCCACAAUCCUAGAGGAAGAAAGGAAAGAAAAUAAGCGACCCCAAAGGGCUGCUGCAGCACGGCGCAAGAAACGACGGCGACUAAACGACCUGGAUAGUGACAGUAAUCUGGAUGAGGAAGAGAGCGAGGACGAGUUUAAGAUCAGUGAUGGAUCUCAGGAUGAGUUUGUUAUAUCAGAGGAAAAUCUGGACGAAAGUGAAGAUGAUCCACCAUCAAACGAAGACAGUGAUUCUGAGUUCUGUGCCCGCAUAUCCAGGCGACACCUCUCCAGGCCCAUGAGGCAAAGCAGGCGGUUACGAAGGAAAACAGUCAAGAAAAAAUACUCUGAAGAUGAUGAAGAUGAAGAUUCCGAGGACAAUUCAAGCAGAGAAUCUGAGAGUGGUGAUUACACAGAUUACAGCGAUGAUGAUUACCUGGAAACCAGGAGGAGAAGAUCAAGAAGGAAUCAGAAGAGGCAAGUUAACUACAAGGAGGAUUCAGAAAGUGAUGGCUCUCAGAAAAGUGUCCGAUAUGGAAAGGAGUUAAGAAGAGUUCAUAAACGCAGGCUCUCCACUUCAGAUAGUGAAGAGAGCUACGCGUCCAAGAACUCCGAAGAUGAUGAUUCCACAAAAGAGUCGAAGCGAUUGAUUCGAAAACGUCGGCGAAGUACGGACGACUACUCUGAGGAAGGAGAGGAUGAGGAAGAUGAAGAGAGGCCUGUCCGCAAACGGCUCAAUAGAAUUGAAACAGAUGACGAAGAUAACUGCGAAAAUGCUAACGAUGAGGCAGAAAACCCUGCAAAUAAGCUGCCAGCACCACAGGCUCCUCAAGACAACACCAAGAAGCACUGCUACCGGAUAGAAAGUGAUGAUGAAGAUGACUUUGAUAACGUAGGGAAAGUAGAGAGCCCUUUGGACUACAGCCUGGUGGACUUGCCUUCCACCAACGGACAGAGCCCAGGUAAAACCAUUGAGAACUUGAUUGGCAAACCUAGUGAGAAGACCCAAGCCCCCAAGGACAGCACAGCCAGUGCCAGCCUGGCGCCCAACGGGACGGGGAGCGGGCAGGAAGCGGUAGGGCCAGAGGAAGAUGAAGAUGAACUUUUGAGAGUGACUGACCUUGUUGAUUACGUCUGUAACAGUGAACAGUUAUAAGACUUCCGUUUUUGUGCUAAUUUAUUCCACGGUAGCUCAUACCAGCGGGCCAGUUAUUAAAAGCUGUUUUAUUUUUCCUAGAAAAUUCUCCACUACAGUAUCACUUUUUAGAAGCAAGAAUUUCACCAGUCCUGCAGUCUUUCUGUGAAGUGACCAGUUUUGAACUUUGAAGAAGAAUUGCUGUAAAUUCCCUCUCUUACCCCCCUUUCUCCUUCCAAGUCCAUGGUCCUGGGUAAUUUCACUCACAAAAACCUUAUCACAACAAGAGAUUUGUAUAUUUUUGGCUUUAUAUUUCCUGAGUGCAUACAAAUUUGUGGAAAUGGGUGGCCUAAGAAAGCAUUCCAAAUCGGUCAGGGCCCAAACCGGAAUUUAGGGUGGGUUUGGCUCAAGGGGUGGGCGGGGUGCAGAAGCACUUGUGCUUUAGCUUUUUCAUAUGAGAUAUAUAUUAUAUUUAAAUGUUCACAACUUAGAUUACAACUUAACAGACAGUCUCAAAUUUAACGUCUGUACUGUCGCAUUUUGUGAGUUGUAGGUUAACAUGCCAUAGCUCAUUAGUAAUCACCUUCAUGGAAGCAGUUUGGUUUUAAUACCGGAGGCAAACAGAAUUACUAGAGGCCAAGAAGGUACCAUAAACAAGAACUCUACUAUCCAUUAUGACUUGCAGACUUUCCUAAUAAACAUCCUUUAAAGUGUUUGUACAGUAAAGUGUACUGUAAUGAAGUUUUUGACAGUUGAAACAUGCUAGCGAUGAAUUUACAAAGCUAUCUCAUGCGUAGUUCAUCAGAUGGUCUUCUGUGCACGGUGUCUAGUGGGAGGACGCACUGAUGUGAAGUUGGUCUGUAAACGGGAUGGCAUCUUGACGUGCUGCAAACUUUUACAGACAAAAGAAUCCUGCAGUAGCUGCCUGGCCACUUGUGUUUCACCUUCUGUUGGAGUAUUCCGAAUGGAAUGUGUCUGUACAAACUGCACUGACCACCGAAUUACAGCGCAUCAAAGGAUUGAGGGAUUUUCCAAUAAACCGUGACUGGUCCAUUCAUGUCCUUAGUAUCUACUUCAAAUUGAAGUAAACAAAUGGAACAGUUUUCCUUUUGGAGGUUUUCUGUUUGGGGUUUGUGUGUGUUUUUGUUUUGAUUUUACUUAUCUGCCUGGAUGUAUUAGCAGGUUUUGAAUGUAGUGUUGGCCUUUGGCCAUUAGAAUUUUCUUAAAAUACAUUUUAAUAAUUGUCACGUGACCAAACUGAUUUCAAGAAGGCAGUAUUUCUGAGAGAAAACACUCAACUCCAAGACGUCUCAUCAACAUUGGAGUGGGCCUGAAGUGAUAUGUGCUUUCAUUAAAAAAAAAAUGGAGACUACAAACAAAACCAACAAACGUGGGCACAUGAGAAGGAGCAGAGCUGAAAUUUGCUUUGGGUAGCGUUGAGUUUUCUCUUCAUUUGGAAUUAAGAUGCAGGCUGUAGCAUUCAUACAUGUUGUAGCACACAGACAGCGGAAAAAGAUCUGCCAAAUGUUGAAAUCCAAAAAGGUCACAUCUGUUACUCCUUUUGCUCUGAGAUUUGGAUUUUUGACUGGUGUUGAUGUCCAUUGCCGGCAAUGGAUGCACCAAAACUGCUGCUGCCACUGAGGAGUGAGUUCUCCUUUCCUGCCCCACCUGAUUCCCUUCCAUUUUAUUGUAUUUACUAGUCAGUCAUGAAGCACUUCUGUUUUCUUCUACUAAAACCGGCAUUAGGCCUUUACUAAAUACCUCUCUAGACAACCUAGAUCCAAAAAUACCUACUUCUGGCCUGGAAAGUCUUGGUUUUGUUUCCCCACCUCUCUCCACGAGUUCUAUCAGAACCAUUCCGUGACUGUUCCUCGAUUGGGUUCUAGCAGUGCACAUCUAAAACUAGAAUCGUCAGAGCUGCAAGAAAGAGAGCUCGUUCAUUGUCUUCUGUGCUAAGCAAGCUUGUGAUUAGGAAAAAAAAGAGAAAUCACACUCUUUCUAAAUGAGAAUUGAACGUCAUUAAAGAUUAAAUAUCUUUCCACCUUAUCAAUGUUAACUGUUAAUAGAUUUCACGAGCAGGUAUUAAAACAGGGUUUAGAAUGUUCUUAAAAUUGUAUGUAGCAUUUUAGCUACUACAGUGUUUUUCUUUGCCUAGGUGAUGCAUAAAUGUAGUGCUUCUACAUUUCUAAUAUACUUGUGUUUUAAAACAAGCAAGAACAUAUGGCUUCCACUUUCUAAUGUUAAUAAUUGCUAAGCAUUUUUAAUAUUUGCAGUGCAAACUGUCUUGAUUCCCUUGCAGCAACACUGCAAACACUGACUUCUCAUUUAUUUUGGCAGUGCCAUCACCUUUUUUGCUGCCAGAUGGAGCCUUUUCCUGUCUGAUCAGUGCCGUAGCAAACGUUCUUGCUUGUAGACAGCCCCAAAUGCUGGAUAUGUAGUGGGUGAGUCAUUGUGAAUGUAGGAAAAUACAAAGCAGUUAAAAUAGCGCAUAUACCAACCAGGAAGAAAUUGAGCACUGUGUUCGGGAGUGACGUACAAGACCAGAAAGCAGAAGUGGAGCACUGCAUUUUAUGUCAAGAGCAUGAAGUUUAACCCAUGUAGACAGACAGGUUAUUACUUUCUAUUGGUCAGUUUUACAAAACAAUUCUCUGUCUUCUGAGAAGUCACCUUUGACAGCUGGGAUGGCUUCAUCCCUUGGGAUCCCAAGGUCCCAUGAGACCAGUGGGAAUAUUGUGCAAGGAGAAUCUGCCUAGAUGUUCUACAGAGCCCAGGAUUUUAAAACUUCUGUUUUCUCUCCUGUCUAAGGCUUCCAGCAUGGUCGGAAAUGUAAAUCUGUUUGGAAAGAUGUUUUCAGACACAAGGCCAGCUGGCUGCCACGUGGGGCUCAUGCUGUUGUGUCAUGUGUAUGUGAAUCCCAGAGUGGGAAUGUCCUCCAGGUGUUGUGAUGUCCUUAGCAGCUUGUGCUCUUCUGUAUGCAUCGUGAGAUCAGAAGUCACAUGUCUUUGACUGCUCAUCUUCAGGUGUGGCUUUGAGCUAACAGAAGUUCAGGGUGUGUAAGGAGCAGAAUGCAUUCCAGCCAGGGGUUUAUCACACGAUGGACUGAAUGGCAGAAGAAGGAGCACCUAUUGGCUGAGCACAGAGGCAGUUUAUUUGGCGAUCUCCUGUUCUUUGCAUGCAAGUUGACACCAUGAGCUGUGUCUUUUUUAACUGCAGAUCCUUCCGAGUAUAACUGAUGAGGAAGAAAGUGAACUGAUUUCUGUGGGCUGUGUGAGUCUUAAGAAGCACUGGAGAAGGGAAGGAACUAUAAUCUGAGUUGGGGAAUGGAUGUUUUUGGGUGCCACAAAGAUAAAGGAUGGCUCUUUGCCAUGAGCAUGGGACAUGAUGUGCAAAGUAUGGCCACUCUGUACUAAGGAAUGUGGAGCGUUAAUCCAGCCAGAAGGGUGGGGAAUUAAGAAGGCAAGAUUUCAUUGCAGUUGCUGUCUUCUAGUUAUUGAAUCUUCUAAACCUUGAUUUAAAAAUGGAAAACAACAUCACUAAGCUACCAAAAAAAAAAAAAAAAAAAAAACCCUUAAUGUUGAAAGCCUGUAGAAAGACGAGUACUGAACAACAAACUCUCUGAGCUCUUGGAUAGUUUGAUUUCCUAUAUGUUAAAUUACCUUAUAAAAUUACUGUAUCUUCCUGAUUUAUUUAAUGAAAGGAUUGCUCUGUUCUAAUGGCGCUUGAGAAAAACAGAGAUGCUUUUUCUCUAAAUUGGUCGUGUAUAAAUAUGUCACCUCAAGAUUUCUGUGGAUUGAAACGUCUCGAUUACUCUUCAGGCAGUGGGAGCUGAUGACUGAAGUGGACAUCUUUCCUGGUCACUGCUGUUUUCCAAGUGCUGGCCUGCACUCUGAGGGAUCCCACUCAAAGAACCUUGAGGUGAAAAUGUAUGUUCACAAAAGAGAAACUGGUAGCGGUGCCCUUAUUCUGAUUUGUCUUCAUGUUUCUCACUUGAACUGUUUGGUAUCUGGAUGCUGUUUAAUGAUUUCAGUAGUCCAUUGUCAGGGUGUCCAUUGCAUAGCUCUGUUUUCAGGUGCUUACAGCUUGGUUUUCAGUUCAGCUCUGCAGUAGGAAGGCCUGGUCAAAAUGUUCUGCAAGUUGUUUCAAAUUACUUACUUUCACCUUUUUUUUUUUCUUUAAUGAAAAGUAAAUGAGUAAUUUUGGUGACAAGGGAUUUGUAUCAUCAAUUCAAAAUGGCAAUGCUUAGGCCUUGAGAAUUGGUUUUGGUACAUGUGUAGUGAAUGCUAUCCACAGGCAACCAAUGUGCUGCGUGCACCCUAGAUACAUAUUUACAUUUGCUUUCAGUUCACUGGGUAUAUAAAAUCCUUUCAUGUAUAAAUAUGUGUAAAAAUAUCAAAUAUCUUCAAAUGGUAACUUUCUGGAAAACAAAAUCUGUUGAAUAUGGUGGGGAAAUCUCCAGCAAUUCAUGCAAAAAGAGCACAGCUCUGCAGCUCCUCCAGUGUUAAACAAUCUAUGGGAGCAUUUAGGACUGCUGUCUGAAAUAAGGAUGUGCAGGAUGAAGCCCAUGUUUCCUGGGAUCUUACUUUUCCUCCUCCCCUUCUAGAACAAGUGGGGUAGGGACUGUAUCACUUAAUAUGUCAGAAGACAGAAAAUGAAAAGAAAAAAAAAAAGAAAAAAAAAAAACAGAAACAGUACUUAUUAUCCAGCAUAUACUGAAGUAAUUACAAUUCUCAGUGACCACUUUGUGAUGCUGUAGAUUUGGGGACACUUUGGCUUCAGAAAUACUUAUCCCCUGAAGCUGGACAUGCAGCAGUUGGGGCACUGAGGAUUACUGGUCACUUCUGAAAAUAUGCAUCACUUACCAAGCUCUUAUUUUAGGUUAGGUGUAACUCAAUGAGAUAGUUCCAAACGGCAAAAGUGUGUGCUUGGGAGUUGUUUGUCCCAAUGCUUUGGAAUAAUUUAACUUAUUUUGUAUAUUGCAGAAGAUGUAUAUUGCUUAGUAUGACACUUACUUAAAAAAAAAUGUGUACAGCUUCUGGGGGAAAGAAUAGGACACUCUAAGUAGACAAGAAGUUUUUAUAAUUGAGGAUGUGGUGUAAAGGCUCCAGGUAUAACUGCCAUUAAAAGCAAGUCCUACAGCUUGGGUUUUUGACUAUCGUUUUGUAAAUGCUGGCACCCCACACCUGAGCUUGUGAUCAGGAGAGGGGAUGAUACAGCAAUAGAGAGGACACGUGCUUAAUGAAGGCAGGUGUGUCUGCAAAUAGAUCUACUAUUGCUACAUAUAACCCCAAAGGUUACUAAGGAAAACUGAAAGAUAGAGUUGCUCUAUUCCUUCAGUUGGUUUACUUUGUGCACUUGGCAGCACUUUGUGUAUAGUCAGUCUCACUGGUUCCCCAGGUGCAGACCGAGUUGGUUUCUCCUGCUGUUGGAAUGCUCUUUCCACUAACAGGAGAUGGGGAAUGGGUGGAGGGAAGUGGAAUGGAAAGAUGUGGACGCAAGCCCAUGCAAUUUGCAAUAUGGGUCUUGGACAGGCUUAAAAACUGCUUCUGAUUUGCCCUUUAAAGACUGUAUUUCAAAUGGAAGGUCUCUGGGUAAGAGAAUCAUCUUGACACCCUCCAUUUCUCAUCGUGACCUUCAGAGCAACAGGAAAAGCUGUUCACAGUCUCUUUUCUUGAGGGAGCGGUUCCACCAGCACAGCACGGACGUGGAGAAGAUUCGGAUCAGUCCGUAGAGCACUGUGACAAUGUUUGCCUUUGGGGAUGUUGCUUGGAGUCCACGCAGGUUCCUUUGUCCUUUGUUCCUCUUCUUAUGUCCCACAUGACUAAACCGAUUAGUGAUACUUAGAUUAGUCUGUCAGAACUUGACUUAAAUGAUCCUAAGGGGAUAAAGUCCUUCUACUAAAACAUACUAUAGGCCUCGUUACCAGUGCACCAUUUGUUAGUUUAAAGUCCUUAACUGAUACUAAUCUGCUACUCAAGUUAGUGGUAGAAAAGGAAAUCAAACCAUACAGCUAUAUACCUUGUUUAGUUUUCCAUUUCAUACUCAUUAUAUGGACUCUAAAAUCUUGUACAGUAUCUUAUUCCUAUGCUAUAUUCAUUAAAAUGGUACUUCUCCCCCUAACCUGCAUGAAAACGAUUUGUUUUUCAUGCCAGUCAGGUUGCUAGUUGCUAGCCCUGCUUCUUAGAUUUGCAGCAGCCAUGAGAUGGCAUUGAACUGAUUCAAACACUUAAAUGUCACUGUUGUCGGUAUGCACGAUGGUUCUUGAAUAGGCGCAGAGUUUUAGGCAGAUGCUAGACAAGCAUUGGAUGUAUUCACUGUCCCAGAUAGCAUAGACCAGGUAAUUGCUAGCAGAAUGGCUGUCCUCCAAUUUGUGUGACAAUUAGAUCGAAAACUGCCGGAUAGGUUAAAAUCUCAGAUAUACUUACAUGAAAUACAGUCUCGUCUUACUCCUGUGUGCUGUUUGCAUGUUCACAAAGAAAUCUGGAGUUCCUUAACAUCAGUCUCAUUCACAGUUGGCCUCGUUUUUCUUUUCUUUCUCUAGAAGUCCCGCAAGCCGAGCUCUUUGCAAGGCUUAACCCGUGCAUUUCAGAGUCCUGAACCUUGAUUUUUAAAUCUUUUCCAUCGUGACUUGCUACAGUAUCAAAGGGAAAGGACCGAGGGACACACACUGUGUGUGUGGGAGGUGGGGAGAGAGAUGUUGAAAAAACUGGAAUUGUCAUUGUUGCACAUAAAUUGGGUGGUGCUUUCACUGUCCUUCCCCCCUCGCCAGAAAUACCACAUGCAUGUGAAACACGAUGCAUUAAAACCUUUUAAAAUGGAAGACAUGGUGGCCUCAGUGCUCAAAGGGUUAACUGCAGUUUAAUAACAGCUCAUGUUUUUAGAUUUGCAGUACACAACUGUUUAAAUACUGUAUUCCUUGUAAAUGAAGUAAAAAAAAAAAAUGUUAAGGCUGGUGCCAAUAUUUUUGUUAAUGAAUUGUUCAGCGUUGUCUCACUACAGUCUGGUCAGAACUCUUUGUGUAUAAGCUGGGCCUGAAGCCAUUUUAUAGCUUGUAGGCCUAAUUGUGUAACUUUUCUUUCAUAAUGUUUUUGUUAUAAUAUCUACUGUCAUUUCUUUCAUAUAAAUAUGACAUGUAAAUUGUCAUAAUAAAAAAAAAAAUUGAAAUAA